AUGGCUAUCUUUCUCCGUGUUCCACCUCCGACGACGACGAGUAUCGUCUUCUCCAACUCUUCUUCUACACAAUCAAUCUCACGAAGUCUCGAUCUCACGCGUCGUGUUCGUUGCCGUAUCUCUGAUUCCUCAGAGGUUAAAUCAGAUGCUUCGAAGUUGGAGUACACGCCAGGAAUUCUCGAUGAUUUCUUCAUGAAUUCGUUUCGGAACAAAUUGGUCGAGGAAGUCGGGUCGGAUUCAGAGAAAUCCGGGUACGUUGGGCUUAUUGAGUUAGUGAAGCUUCUCUUGUUGAAAGGUCGAACUAGGUCGGAGACAAAUGAUGCAGCGGUGCGAAUACUGAAAUCGUUGUUUCCUCCACUCAUUUUAGAGCUUUACAAGCUUCUCAUUGCUCCUAUAGCACAAGGGAAAUUAGCUGCAUUGAUGGUUGCAAGAGUUACUGUACUUACCUGUCAAUGGCUCAUGGGACCGUGCAAAGUAAAUGUUAUCGAUCUUCCAAAUGGAGAAUCUUGGGAUAGCGGGGUUUUUGUGGAGAAAUGUCAGUAUCUAGAAGAAAGCAAAUGUGUGGGAGUAUGCAUCAAUACUUGUAAACUACCGACUCAGACAUUUUUUAAAGACUACAUGGGAGUCCCUCUGGUAAUGGAACCAAACUUCAAAGAUUAUAGUUGUCAGUUUAAAUUUGGGGUAGCUCCACCAGAGGAUGAUGGGAAUGUUAAUGAACCAUGUCUCGAGACGUGCUCAAUCGCCGGCCGCCGGAAAUUAAAUCCCGGGGAUACUGAAGCCGAAGAAAUCUCCGCCAACGGAAAAAAAAUUUCUGGAGCUGAAAUCGUCGGCGGCGAUGGCGGAUUCUCUGGAUUUCGUCUUCCGGUGUUAGUUUCUGUUCCCGCGGCGAGUUUUGCAUAUAUUAUAGUAGAUCUGAAGUUUUCCAAGCAAAGGAAAGUGUCGGUGAUGUCGAUUUUCUCACUCGCUGGCUCUGCUGGGUCGCGAAGAGAUGUCAUCAUAAUGGUGUUGAAAACGGUGAUUUCUGUAUAUUGUUUGGUUUCUCUCGUCAGUGUUCAGUUAGCUGAUGCUUUACAUGAAGGACUGCCAAUUUCACUGUCACCAGCUAUUCCUGAUUUGCCCCUACCAGCUGAAUUUCCGCAGUUUCACAGAAAGCAUUUGGCACCAGAACAAACAGAAGCACCUCGGCAUCCUCCCCGCUAUAGUCGGUUGGUCGCUUCUGUUCACCCCCCUACCAGCUCACAUUUCUCCAAACCAUCUAUGAAAAGGAAUGCUCAGUCUCCUGGAGCCGGCUUGGUUGAUAUUGCUCCAACACAAUCUACUAGUGGUGCCCUUCCUGAUGACUUAACUCAGCCACCUUUGUCUCCCUCCAUUUCAAAUUGUUGCAAACCAGAUAUGGUGCAGAAACGAGGAAGUAUUGGUUGCCACUGUGUCUAUCCUAUAAAGUUGGAUAUCCUUCUCUUGAAUGUUUCCGCCACUCCUAGCUGGAACAUAUUCCUGAAUGAAUUUGCUUCCCAGCUUGGUCUCCUACCUCCCCAAAUAGAGCUGAUCAACUUCUAUAUGCUAAGCUUAUCAAGGAUGAACAUUUCAAUGGAUAUCACGCCUCAUUCUGGAAUCAGUUUUUCAGCAAGUCAGGCAGCCGCAAUAAACUCUUCGCUUGUCAGCCACAAGAUUCAAUUCAGCACUGCUUUGGUGGGAGAUUACAAACUUCUAAACCUUACCUGGUUUGAGGCCCCUGCACCUUCUCAAGCACCUCUAGUGGCUUCUUCACCUCGAAAAGCACCAUCACAAGGAUCCUCAGCAACUACGUCAGUAAGUGCUCCUGGGAAAAGGAGGCAGUCCCAUCUUAUUCUUAUCUUUGCUGUAGCCGCUGGUGUGCUUAUCAUUGCCAUAAUCGCUGUGCUUAUUAUUUGUUCCUGCGCACUCCGAGAAGAGAAAGCUCAUGAUCCUCACAAAGAAGCUGUAAAACCGAGGAACCUGGAUGCUGCUUCGGUAGGGGGAUCUCUUCCCCACCCAGCAAGUACACGGUUUCUGUCAUAUGAAGAACUCAAGGAGGCAACUAGCAAUUUUGAAUCUAGUAGCAUUCUUGGGGAAGGUGGGUUUGGCAAGGUUUACAGAGGCAUCUUAGCCGAUGGCACUGCUGUAGCAAUUAAGAAGCUAACAAGUGGAGGACCACAAGGCGAUAGAGAAUUCCAGGUGGAGAUUGAUAUGCUAAGCCGUCUUCAUCAUCGCAAUCUUGUAAAACUUGUGGGUUACUAUAGCAGUCGUGAUUCUUCUCAGCACCUACUUUGUUAUGAGCUUGUUCCCAAUGGCAGCCUCGAGGCUUGGCUCCAUGGGCCUCUCGGAUUGAACUGUCCUCUUGAUUGGGACACCAGAAUGAAGAUUGCACUUGAUGCUGCAAGAGGCUUAGCUUACCUUCAUGAAGACUCGCAACCAUCGGUUAUACACAGAGAUUUUAAAGCCUCUAAUAUACUCCUCGAGAACAACUUCAACGCCAAAGUUGCAGAUUUUGGCCUAGCCAAACAAGCUCCUGAAGGCAGGGGUAAUCACUUAUCUACCCGUGUUAUGGGCACAUUUGGGUAUGUAGCGCCUGAAUAUGCAAUGACAGGACACUUACUCGUUAAGAGUGAUGUUUAUAGUUACGGAGUGGUCCUUCUCGAGUUGUUAACUGGUAGAAAACCUGUGGAUAUGUCACAACCUUCAGGCCAAGAAAACCUCGUCACUUGGACAAGGCCAGUUCUUAGAGACAAAGACCGAUUAGAAGAACUAAUUGAUUCAAGACUGGAAGGAAAAUACCCGAAAGAAGAUUUCGUAAGAGUCUGCACAAUCGCUGCAGCUUGUGUCGCACCCGAAGCUAGUCAAAGACCAACGAUGGGUGAAGUGGUUCAGUCACUGAAAAUGGUUCAACGUGUGGUCGAGUAUCAAGACCCGGUUUUAGACACUUCUAAUAAAGUCCGUCCUAACCGGAGAGAAUCAUCAGCUACGUUUGAGUCGGAAGUAACCUCUUCUAUGUUCUCUUCUGGUCCUUAUUCUGGUCUAAGUGCCUUUGAUCAUGAAAAUAUUACACGAACAACUGUUUUCUCUGAAGAUCUCCAUGAAGGUCGGUGA